GUUGUUUUCUAAAUGUUUCCAGAACAAUAACCCUCUUCCUUGAAGAAGACGAAAGAAACUUUCUUCUUGCAAUAGAGAUCACGCUUUUAAACGGAAUGAAUUAUCAAGCACUUUUCAGUUACUUUCUCUUACUAUAUUCAUGUUCCUCAAGUCAAACAAAACCAAAACUAACUCGAAGGUAUCUCGACGGAGACAAGUACGUUUUUGUCAUCGACAAUCUCUUCCCGGCAGAAGUUGUUCGUGGGUAUUAUGGCCUUGUCACUUCUGGGAAACUAGAGGGGAAGAUCUCUUCGUGGUUUUACGCAUACAACGAUUAUUACCAAAACAUUGAGACUUUUAAUACAUCAAGUAAUUCGCCUUGGGUUGCUCCUGUCAAUCCAGAGUUUUUCUCUGAUACAGCUUUAUGGAAUAUAAGCCGCAAAGUCGUGGAAAAGUUAUCUGGAGGGAGAGAAUAUUUUCCAUACGAUGUCACUUUCUCAAUGCAUCGCAGACUGGAUUUUAUAACUGCUUCUAGCAAGGGUAAGGGAGAUAUUUGAAGAAUUUUACCCAUCAUGAAACUACGUUUGUUUUUCUUGUCUGAUGUUCGUGUUCUUUAUUUUGCAUUGAAUAAUAAUAAAUCAUGCAGAUACGAUACCAUUGACUGAGUAAACAAUGCAGUUCAUCGCCGAAGAAUAGCCAAGUUUUACGUGUAAAUUUACAUUGACAGUUUCUUCUGUUUCGAGCCCUCGAUACAGCUGCCCUCAAAACUAUAAAACUAUACAGUAAAUUAUUUCCGAAAGGUUAAUACUCGCUGUAAUCCAAAACAGGUGUGAGCGAAUACCUCAGGAUUGUAUUAGUUGCUAUGUUGCAGAGUAGAUACAGAAAGCUUUCAAGUCACUAAAUCUGAUUUGUAAUUCUUCUUCCUAAUUGCUUGAAUUCUCCUUGGAAAUAACUUUGUUAAAUUGGAUGUUUUAUCAUAAGAUAACACUUUACAGCUGAUAUAGUUCCUUUUCUUAUCGCCUCAUUUCUGGAAAAUGUAUUUAAAUUGUUAGGAGAAAUUUCAUUUUAAUCAUCUUUGGAGAUGGAAAAGUUUAAUACAUCUUAUUUUCAAUUUUUUGGGGGUUGCAUUUAGCAAUUAUUUUGAUUUGUAUGAUAUUCAUAUUUUUUCUUAUGUCAACUGAAGAUUACAAACGUCAUGUUAUAGCUUUUUAUCAUUAAAAAUUUCAUGUUUCUUACUUUGCUACAUCUUGGUUUGAUGAGUUGUGGCUCUCUGUCAGAGGGAUGUGGUGGUAUCAAUUGUGGUCAGCUGAUAGAAUUUUGACUACAAGUGUUCAUCUCACUUUAAUCAAAAGGCUGUGAAGACUUUUUAGUAAAAGGUUACAGGUUCUGACACAAUGGCCAGGCAGAAGUUUAAAAUUUGGUAACCUUGCAACAAAGCUAACAAUUAGAGGCAAUAGUCUUGUCAUACUCCACUGUCUACUUUCUGAUUUUUUUUCUACAGCUUUAAUUGAUAUCAGCCUCCCCUCCCCCACUUUAAUUUUCCUUUUUGAUAUUAACGAAGUGGCCACUAAUUUCUUGCAAUAAUGUUUGAGGGGAAGCAGAAACUUUCAAGUAGCUUUAAAGAUUUGAAUAUAUAUAUUUUUUUGACUUGAUCCCUUACUUUUUGUUUUUUUACUUUUUUUUCUUUAGCUUUGAUUAAUCUUCCCCUCCCCUUACCCACUUCAAUGUUCCUUUUUCAUAUUUAUAGUUAUUUUAGCCAUUGGCGCAUGUUGUAAUCAUUAUGGUUGUUGACUAAUCAUUAUGGUGGUUGUCAUUCUUGAGAGGUGGCCAUUGUUGGGGGUUUUAAGUAAUAGCAAAUGUAUGAGCUGUUUGUCAAAAUCAAAAAUGUGACCCUUUUAGGGAAAUGGCCAUAGUGUAGAAGUGAUAUUUUGUGGAAGUUGGACUGUAUUGAACAAACAGUUGCAAACUGUAAAGCAACUGUGAUGAUGAUCAGUGCUGCCCUCGCUUCUGUGAUUUCAAUGUACAUAUAAUUACUAAUUGAUUAACUUUUAAUUUUGUCUGCUGUAGGUAAUUUUUUCCUACAUUUUUCUUUUUAAUGUUUGCAGAGAACAACAUAGAUGAAGAUGAACUCAUGAUCAGAAUAUCUCUGAACAAAGACUUCAAGAGAAAUGAUUAUGGGGAGGCUAUUUUUUACAAAGACAGUAGAGAAAUUCUAGCUGCUGUGUAUCCCAAAAUGGGACGGAUGGUUGUCUGGAAUGCAACAGUUCCAUUUAUCUUCAAGCCUCCUGCAAUGUCGUAUGUACAAGCACAAUUUGACAUUCUUGUAAGAGUGACAACAUCAAAAGAGAAAGCAAAACAAGCUAUUGCAGAAACAAAGGUAUUGUGUUGAACUUCAACUGCCCAAAAUAUCCAUGUUAGGGGGUCAUCAGAAAGUGGCCAUUUUUUAGAAGAUAAAUUGAGGGGACUCUGAAACUUGUAUAGCAUUAAGCCCUUCCUGAAUCUAAAUCCACACACAAGUACAGCAAUGAGCUCAAAUUGUCACAGAUUUAAGUGCAGCCAUAGCAUCUCUCAAUUUUUAAAUACCCAUGUAUUCACUAUGUCAAUGUAUAAAUUGUGAUGAUCAAAUGGUAGCAGGUGGUGACUUACAUGUAAAUGAAUCAAAGUUUUAUCAGCAUUUUGGGCCCAGAAGCUAAGGCUUUUCAUUACCCUCAUGGUGGGUCAAUGUACCUUUUUAUCUUGGCUAUAUUUCUUCAGUUGCUGAAGCACACCCUAGAGAUACCACAACUUAACCCUUUAUCCCUAAGGGUGAAUAACAUCUAAUUUCCCACUAAAGUAUCACUGAUGAAUUAAGCAUGAACCUCAUGAGAAUUAAGGCAAUGAUUACAAACUUGAAAAGCUCUUAAUGUUUAACUGAAUUAUCCAGUAGUCAGUGCCACUGGAAACAUAUUCAAGAACUGUAUGGAGGGAAUGUAAAAAUAAUUUUGAUGUUAAGGUGUAAGGGCUUUAAAAAAAUGUUGGAAUAAAAGCCUAUAAGAAAGUGAGAGUUUUACUCAGAAAGGAACUUCAAUUGAUCAUUUCUUUUGCCUUACAGAGUUCUGGAUCUCAGAUUUCUAGAAUUUUAUGUUCUGUGGUUAUUUUUAUUGUAAAAAUUCCAAUUAACUUCAUUGUGAGGUAAUGAAAUAUUGAACUAAUCACUUUCUCCUCUCAACUCCAACAGAGAUUAAUUAAAAAAUCAGAAAGCCAGGAAACUCUAGGAUUUGCCCUUUCAGAUGAGGGUGAAAUUCCUGUGCUGGACUUGAGUAAAUAUGAGAAGAGGAGGUUCCAUGACAGUCAGGGUAGAGAAAUUGCAGUCUUUGAUGGUCUUGUUGACAAAUCAGAUCUUGAUGCAUUGCGACUCUUCUUGCUGCACUACAACAGUGUUUUCCAGUACCAACCAUUUGAUGGUGUGGAUGAAGAACAUGACAAUGUGUCCUGGAUCGCAAUGUUAAAGGUUAAAAUUACAUUGAUGUUCUUUAUCUUUCUCAUUAGUUGAUUAGUUCAGCUAAUGACGAGGUUUAAACAGUAACAUUACCAAGUAAUAUUAGGCUAAGUGUGUAAAUGAAAAAUAUCCUUUUCUUAUAUAAUUUUACUAAGAGUGAUUUUCAGUGAAGUGUGUUGAUAUUAAGGGCAAGUUAUCACAAAGGUUAGUCAGAACAGCAAUGGAUUAUCAAAGAAGCUGAAUACUAUCCAAAAAACUAUGCAAAGUCAUGGGAGACAUAGUGGCCAAGUGGUUAUUUCUGUGCUCUCUGGUCACUUUUUUGUGUUCUUAGGAAAGACAAGUCACAUUGCCUCUCUCCAUCCUGGAGUAUUAAUGAGUAGCAGUGAACUGUUUGGGAAACCUGAAAUAUUUUUUUGGGGGGUAACCCUACAAUUGGGCUAACAUACUGUCCAGGGUGGAGUAGCAGUACCCCUAGACACUGUGUGUUACCAGAACCUUGCUAAUGGCACGUUAAUAUUAGGUAUGGCAGAUUUUUAAUCUUGUUUUUUGGAUUCAUUUGGCAAUAAUAUUUUUGUCAUCAUGAACUUGACAGGAUAGAUCAGGGUAAAAUUUAACUGCAAAAAAAAAAAUAAAAAAUAAAAAAUAGAUCAACAAAUUCUUUCUUAUCAUUUAUUUCUUCAUCCCAGGUGAAAGACUUUGUAAAAAGUCAUUUGUGGAAGAUUGUGAAGCUGCUGGCUACAUACCUUAGUGGUCUUGAUGAAUGGUAUCCAUAUGAUGUGUCCAUGAAUAUCAUCAGAAACUCACAUUAUCCCAGAAUUCAUGAAGACUGUGAGCCUAAUGAGGUACUGAUUAUUUAGCAAUAUAUUUCUUAUAACUGAAUUUCUACUGUCAUUUAAUGUAAACUCUGCGGCUACUCUCCAAAAGUCUGUAGGGCAUUAUGGCACAUUUUACAAGCUAAAAUGGAGAUUUUGGCAUUUUAGCCUGCUUGCACACUCGCAUAAUUGUUCAGACUGUUUUAUUAUAAUUUUUGUUUUUCAGUUCUUAUUUUCUAAGUGCUCUCCAAAAGUGAAAAUACUAGUCAGACUAGAAGUACAGUUAAUUUUCUUGGGCAGAAAUAUGGUUUGGGCCCUUGUCAGAGCUUCUUAAUUCACCCUGGCCUUACAACUUAGGCUAAAAUGGCUCUGAUGCACUCCCACAAACAUAAACUCUGUUUUUAUAUUAUUUGUGAAAUGGCCUAGUGACAUUAUUUGUGACAUUUUCUAGUGGGGGAAAGAGGUUCUACAGUAUUGCCUUCUUUUGCGUUUUAAUCCAUGUGUCACUUUUUUCAUGACAUAGAGGAGCUCACUCCAUGUCAAGAAAAAUUAAUAAAAGAGAGAUCAUAUACACCACAGGACACCCUGACCAUAGCUUGUACACACCACAGGAACCCCCUGACUAUAGCUUGGGUGAGGUUUUAUGAAGAGGAGAAAAACAACAGGAAGUAGGGCAGAACGAGAUUGAUUUAAUGGAGAUAUUUCAAAGACCCUUUUCUCUCCUUUCUUUAUAUACUUAUGUAAGGUCAGGCACUAUAUUUUGAUUCUCUUUUUGCACCAAGUAAAACUACGUAUACAUUUCAGUUGAAGAAGUCCACAAAAUAUGAAGAAAUAAGCGACAGGCAAUUAUGAACAAGAAUAAAUACAGAUGGCUUAGAAUGGAAAAGAUUUAAAAGUUGAAAAUGAAAUGUUUACAUUUUUUUUUUCAAGAUGCACAAAACCGUGAAGUAGCUUUUGUAAGAUAAUUAUGGCCUUUUCUUUCAAUGCAGCAUGAAUACACCUUUCUCAUGUACCUGACUCCUGACUGGGAGGCGAAUAACUAUGGAGAAACUGCAUUUUUCGAAGAGGUUUUAUCCCAAGACGGAACACCCUACCCCCCUGGACAACAACAGUAUGAGUGGAUUGCUUCUGUACGUCCACGAUACGGAAGAAUUGUAAUUUUCCGAGGGAUUAUUCCUCACUCAGCCAGACCACCGAGCCCUGGGUUUAGUGGGGCAAGGUACACUUUCGCUUGUAAGGUGAGAAAGUUCGUGGUUGUUUGUUGACUUUUGACGUUUGUUCCCAAGAGGGGGGGGCGUGACUCUAAUAUCGCACAGGCACCAGAGGGCAGCUAGGUGGAGACCCAUAUUCCCAAGGGCCGCCCCCCCCCCCUACACCACGGCUAAGCCCUUAUGUAUUUCCUAUUGUAAACCACCAGUCGGUAAAAGAGUAGGUUAUAAUAGACAGAAAUUGAAUCAUUUGAGUAGAAAUUCACUCAUUUAGUUUGAGAGAAAGCCAGAUACAUUUUAGAAUUGGAAUUUUAACUGCUUCUCCAAAGUAAAUAGUGUUGCCCCUAUUAAGUCAGAAAAGCGCUCAGCUGUUGAGCCAAACUAAGCACAACCGACCAAAGCAACGAGGAAUCAAAAAAAAUAUAGGUAACCAACUUCAACUACGAGCAAUCGCUGCUUUUCGGCGAACUCCGUCGGGCGAUUAAAAAAAAAAACGGUGGGGAAAAAAAGGUUAGCGCGCGACGAGUGGUAGAAGUAAGACAAGGUGUGAUAAAGCAAAACCAGAGCAAACGCGGCUAACUUUGGACACUCCGUUGAAAACCUAUGUAAAGCGUACAUUUGUCCAUCGGUAGGUUGCUCGUAACUACCUUCUAGCAAUGUCGAAGUCUCUACGAGAAACACUGGAAUAUCUGGAAAUGGGAAACAGUGAAGAUCCAGCUGCAUAUGAACUGUUAAGUAAUCUGAUGGCAGAUGAGGAAGACAGACCACCCUUUUCGAUCGAGUUUAUUGAAAAACAGCUCGAACAUCAUCGGCGAAAGAAAGAAGAAAUGUUUGAAGGACUUCGCAAUUCUGCUAUGAAGGAAAUAUCUGGAGCUAAGGCGCCUAUUAAAGAUGAGCUUUGAGUGCAACAUUUAAUUAAGCAACGUACAUUCAGGUUUAAGUUAGAUCUUAGAUUCGAUUGUAUUUAAUAGGAAACCAGAACGUAAAAAAGGUCUUAGGGUCAAAUAUAUUGAGACAAGAGUAACUCCAGUGCUCCACUGAAAAUGUCCUUUAGUUUAAGUGAGGCAUCGUUUCCCCUUUAUUCCCUUUAAGCUUUCAACUCCUGACUCCAAAGUUGUGGCCAUUUGAUAAUUUCCUCAGGUAACAAUGAUACGUAGCCAAGCAGACAGGCUACGAGAGGAAGAAAAACUAUCAGCAAGGGUGUGUGUGAUUCAAUGCCAAAUUCUCAGCUCUAACAUUGUAACAAAAUUAUGAAUAUCAUCAGUGAGAUUUACGAUGGAUAUCUUGGUAGUGAAAGGGUAAACCGGCAUACAACGUUUCAAAGAGGGCGACACCAUCAAUGACACCAUUGAAGUGCAUUACAUAAGUAUGUCACAUUCGAACGAAUUCAUUCAGUAUCUCUUCACUUAUAUAUAGUGUUUGAACAAAGACGUACUCUGAUCGUUAUACAUCAUGAAAACUGAGGCUACGUAGAACAAGAUAUUUAUGAGAGUUUUGUUGAAACUCUUAAGGGGAAGCAUGCUACAGAAUGCGCGUGUCAAAAAGUAUAUGAAAUGUCAGCGCGUUUCAGAAUGAAAAGAGAACUUGUUUUCAGUAAGGACGCUGUAUACAACUUUAGGCAAUUUUAGGUAUUUGGUGAGCAAGGAUGUAGAUAACAGCCGGAAGCCGGGAAAAUUACCCGGCUGUGAACGCGAUUCUUCCGGCUGUGAAGCAUUACUUCUUUCUCCAAAAUGUUUUUAAAUGUUGUCAGAAGAUUGUUAUUUAUUUAUUUUCAUUUGUUUACACCUUCAAAUCUAGGUAUAGCGUGCCAGAGGUACGUUAGAGUGGGCCUUCGGCCCAAAUACUCGCCUAUCAUUUCAAGAUUCUCGCCUGUUAAAAACUUAAGCUACAUCCCUGGGUAAGUGAACUUGAAUUAUUCAAGUUAUAGGCAGAAAAAUUGGGGAUGUCAGUAGUCCCGACAAUGUCCUUCGCCAAGCCUGUAAAGGCUCUUUCCAACCUUUUCCCUAUCUAGACAAUCGGUUUGAACAAUUAGUAGUUACACAAACAGGCAGAUUUUUGUGCGAUUAGCAGCAGAGCAGCAUCAGUUUGUGAACCGCGCCUUGCAGCAACUUCUUUCAUUGGGUGCUAUUUCUGAAGGAGAGAGAGAACCCUGAGAAUGAAGGCGUCACUUAGAGUCACGGAUUUGCGUGUGCGGCUAGAUUACUAAGUUUUCAAAAUUGUGGCUGCCAUUGCAACUCGAACACUUCAGUUACCCUUUGGAAUCUUAAAGGGCAGUAAAUAUUAAACUUUAUAUGUACCUUGAAAUGGCGAAGAAGCAUAGUGCGCUUUUAACGAAUAUUUCACGACUCUUAAAAAACAUAAAAAAAAAAACAUAAAAAAAAAACCACUGAACAUAAAUGUCAAAGUAUUUAUUACACCUGUUACAAGGUUUUUAUUCUGCAAUAUCAACUAAUUUUGAACUGUCCAAAUUUAUCCUCAUUCGUCGACAUCAGUCCAAAUCGUGGUCUGAUUAAAUUUCGUAACACUUGAUCCAAGUGAAAGUGCUUGUUUUCAUUUCAGCUAUUGACGUAGGCAAUUCCAUUUUCACUGCUUUAAUGCUGGAGGUAUGUUUUUCUGAGUUCUAACCUUACAGAUGAAAUCGUAAAUUCCAAGCUCGUUCAAGAAUUUUACAUUUACUGUCAAUUUCUAUCAAGUAAUAAUUUAGAUAUAAAAUAAAUUAUUUACGAGCACGGAUCGAAG